CCUCUUCUCUCCAAUAAUAAUUUAACUUUAACGUGGAAAAUAAUCAAUUGAAGUUCAUCGAUUCACGGGUAGUAAUUGACUUGGCCGUUGACCCAGUAAUUGAAGUUUCUGUUCUCAGUUCUCACACUGCUAUUUCUUCUAUAUAUAGAGACAUAUACAAGAACUUAAUGCAAUCAAGGAAACUAAUACAUUUCAUUUUUAUUUUCCGUAGCUAUGCCAAGUAAUCAUCCCAUGGCUGUCCCCACCUUGCUGCUGAUUAUCAUGGUGUUCUUAUCACUUAGCUUACGCUUUACAGAAGCACAAAUUGGAGUAUGCUAUGGAAGAAUUGCGGACAAUUUACCGGUGGAGAAAGAUGUGGUGAACCUCUAUAAAUCCUACGGCAUAGGCGCAAUGAGACUUUAUGAUCCGGAUCUCGCAGCUCUUAAAGCCCUUCAAGGAUCAGGCAUUAAACUCAUGUUGGGUGUUCCUAAUGAAAAAAUUAAGUCUCUCGCGUCGCAUCGAUCGGCCGCAAUGCAAUGGGUUAAGACCUACGUCGUUCCCUUUGCAUCGUCGAUCAAAUAUAUCGUUGUCGGAAACGAAAUCCAUCCAUCCGAUCAACAAGCACCAUCAAUUCUAUCGGCCUUAAAAAAUGUCCGCAAGGCCCUAAAUUCAAAUACCUUAACAAGUAAAAUUAAGGUUUCUACAUCCAUUGAUACAACCCUAAUCAUAAAUUCGUAUCCACCUUCAAAAGGCGAAUUUAAUAACACAUCAUAUAUUACUCCAAUAAUCAGAUUUUUAAGUACUAAUGAGUCACCUUUGUUAGUUAAUAUUUACACUUACUUUGCUUACGUUAGUAAUAAGCAAAGUAUUAGUAUUGACUAUGCACUAUUUACGUCCAAUGGAACUGUGGUUACUGACCCUAAUAACGGAAAGAAUUACCAAAAUUUAUUUGAUGCAAUGGUGGAUUCAGUUUACGCGGCUCUUGGGAAGGUUGGUGCACCUAACAUGGUGAUUACGGUGUCCGAAACUGGGUGGCCGUCGGGAGGUGAAGAUGCUGCCACGGUAGCGAAUGCGGGGACUUAUUACAAGAAUUUGAUGAAUCAAGUAAAGAAGGGGACUCCAUUAAAACCAGGGCAAGCAAUUGAAACAUACUUGUUUGCAAUGUUUGAUGAGAACAAUAAAACGGGAGCUCCAGAGCGUCAUUUUGGGCUGUUUACUCCUGAUCAGCGUGCUAAAUAUGGGAAACUCAAUUUCAGCUAAUAGUUUUUCCUAUGCAAUGAUUUCAUCCUUUUUUGGUUGUUCCAAUUGAUUUUUCAAGUUGAAAUCAAGAUUGUAAUCUUUGUCAAGAUAUGUUCACUAAUAUAAAUAAUAAAAAUAUCACUUUUGGCUUUUUA